UUACGACAUUUCUCAUGAAUUUAACGAUCACAAUGGAUAGCGAACAACAAUCCAAGGAAAAACAAAAUCAAGCAGCUGAGCAGCAGCAACUGAUACCUGCACUGGAGAAUGAAACAGUACUGAGUAUGUUGAAAUCGGAAGAUGCAAACAACUCUGGUGGUAGAAAUGCUAAGGAUCGUACAUUCAUCCUUAUGGAAUAUGACUAUGCAAAUUCUUUUGGCUUUCUGAAGUUGGACGUGAAAAUUCACACUCCGGGGAAACAUGAAGGUACCAAACUUACAGAUCAUGAACAUCACAAAUAA